CUCUCUGCCUGCCCCUCAUCCCUCCUCCCCCCUCUUUCCAGCUGUCAAUCACAGCCGCCUUUGAACUGGAAACCUUCCAGUCUAACUUCAACUGACUCAACUGGGGCGAGCGGAGCUGUAUAGAGGGUCUGUCUUCAUCUGACUGCUGGCUUGGGGGGCUGCCUUUUUGGGGGUUACUCCUGGACUUUGGUUUGUUUUAUGACUGGGGGAGAAGAGGAGACUUCAGGGGGGAGGGGGGCAUCGCAGACUGGACUCUAGGAGGAACACUCCACCCCCCUUCACCCACCACAAAGGGGACCCCACUGACCCCCUCCAGCCCCCCCCCCCCCCCCAGAUUUGGGCUCCCCCCGGCCAGGUGUUGGGGUGCAGCUGCCGGGAGCUCUCAGAGAAGGAAGGAAUAAAAGUUUUUUGGGGGGAUUUGCUGCAGUUUUGUGGGUUUUUCUGGAUUCUGCAAACUGUUGCUUGGUGGGGGGACCAUGCCGCAGCUGAAUGGCGGUGGGGGGGACGAUCUGGGGGCCAAUGAUGAGAUGAUCUCCUUCAAGGAUGAGGGGGAGCAGGAGGAGAAAAUCUCAGAGAACUCGGCAGCCGAAAGGGACCUGGCAGAGGUCAAAUCCUCCCUGGUCAACGAGUCAGAGACCCAGCAGAACAGCUCGUCAGACUCUGAGGCGGAGCGACGGCCUCCACCACGACCAGACACCUUUCGUGACAAGAGCCGAGACAGCUUGGAAGAAGCUGCGAAGAGGCAAGAAGGAGGCCUAUUUAAGAACCCAGCUUAUCCUGGAUACCCCUUCAUCAUGAUCCCUGACCUCACCAGCCCAUACCUACCAAACGGAUCCCUUUCACCAACCGCACGGACAUGCGUGAAUGUUCCGCUAGAUCUUCAUUUAGCUUCAUGUUGCAGCCCUUUGAUGCAGUACCUGCAGAUGAAAUGGCCGCUGUUAGACGUUCAGGCAGGAAGUUUGCAAAGCAGACAAGCCAUGAAGGAUGCUCGGUCUCCAUCGCCCGGACACAUUGUAUCUAACAAGGUUCCGGUUGUUCAGCACCCACACCAUGUCCACCCACUCACGCCUCUCAUCACCUAUAGCAACGAGCACUUUACACCCGGAAACCCUCCACCACACUUACAGGCAGACGUGGACCCCAAAACAGGAAUUCCACGGCCCCCGCACCCUCCAGACAUUUCACCCUAUUAUCCGCUGUCACCGGGCACCGUAGGACAGAUCCCCCAUCCGCUAGGAUGGUUAGUACCACAGCAGGGUCAGCCGGUUUAUCCAAUCACAACAGGCGGAUUCAGACACCCCUAUCCUACAGCCCUCACUGUCAAUGCUUCCAUGUCAAGCUUUCUCUCCUCCAGAUUCCCUCCUCACAUGGUGCCGCCUCAUCAUAGUUUACACACAACUGGAAUCCCCCACCCAGCCAUAGUGACGCCACAAGUCAAACAGGAAUCUUCCCAGAGUGACGUGGGAUCUCUGCACAGCUCAAAACAUCAGGAUUCUAAAAAAGAAGAAGAAAAGAAAAAACCCCACAUAAAAAAACCUCUAAACGCGUUUAUGUUGUAUAUGAAGGAAAUGAGGGCCAAGGUGGUAGCGGAGUGUACGUUAAAAGAAAGCGCAGCCAUCAAUCAAAUCCUCGGCCGAAGGUGGCAUGCAUUGUCCAGAGAAGAACAAGCAAAAUACUACGAGCUUGCACGGAAGGAGCGACAGCUACACAUGCAACUAUACCCAGGCUGGUCCGCACGGGAUAACUAUGUAGGUGGCUAUGGUAAAAAGAAGAAGAGGAAAAGAGAUAAGCAGCCAGGCGAGAGCAAUGAACACAACGAAUGUUACCUAAAUCCUUGCCUUUCACUUCCUCCGAUUACAGAUGCAAAUGCUCCCAAGAAGUGUCGGGCAUUGUUCGGACUUGACCAACAGAAUUUAUGGUGCAAACCAUGCAGGAGAAAAAAAAAGUGCAUUCGCUACAUACAAGGUGAAGGCAGCUGUGUCAGUCCGCCCUCUACAGACGGAAGCCUAUUAGACUCCUCCCCCUCGUCUCCCACCAUGCUAGACUCCCCACCAAGAGACUCCAAACCACAAACUGAACAAACACAACCUCUCUCUCUAACUUUGAAACCCGACCCUCUGGCACGGCUAUGUAUGCCGCAGUCACCUCUGACGGAGAGUCCAUCCCGCAAGUCAAGCAACCUGCCAGCUACCAUUUGCCAGAAUGGGGUAGAUCACAAUCACCAGUCAAACCCAUUACAGUCUGUCCCCUACUCCCUUUCACUAGCACAACCUUCAACGUCCUUCCUUUCUUCUCCGCGGCCCUUGUCCGGGCCCCAACAGCUCCAGCCACUUUCACUUGUAACCAAGUCUUUAGAAUAAUAUGAGCCAAACACAGGCUUCUCAUCAUGUUUAAUUAUUGUUGAUUUUUUUUUAAUUUUUUUUUUUAAUUUCCCAUGAAGUUUGUGUUUUUUUGAUUUGUGCCAAGUGGCUACGUUAGUAGAUGUUUUAUGAAGUUCAUUGGUCAAUAUUUGACCCGUCUUUGAUCUCCACGUUUACCGAUUUGAGUGCGCAGACCUCAACGAGCCUCGCGGUUCUGCCAAAUUUUUUAUCAUCGGCUGUAAUAUCUUUUUAGCAUCGGGAGAUGUGGGAAAAUUAUAUAUAUAUAUAU